GUUUCGAGAGGUUUUCUCAAAACGGGCCGUGAGUCUGGGUUGCCUUCGCACAAUUGAAACAGGGAAUUAGGGUUUGUGUGCUGAGCUGUGAUUUUGAGUCUGAGGACGGUUUCAUUGCUUUCUGUGCAGACCUUUUGGCGCCAUCUGGACUCGGGCCUGAACAAUUUAGCAAGGGCUGAUUGCAUCCAGCAGUUGUGCCCCCAACUUCACCGUAAGGCUGCUGCUCCAAUGAGCUCCAGCGCUGCAGCGGGGUCGUCUGGACCCAAAGCGGCGGAAGCGGGCGAACUCUUGUUUGCAGGUGUCACAGACUGGACUGGUGUCGGAAGGACUGAGAAAGCAAAGCUGACUCCGGACGCGAAAGCCGAGAAGGAUGCAACCUACCCCGACCUGAGCCUGCCUACGAGACUGGAGGCCGUCAAGGACAUUGACUUCAAAAUUGUGGCGUCUGGGUCAGCAUCGGCGCAUGCUAUUGCGAUUGAUGUGGACGGGCAACUGUACACAUGGGGGAGAAACGAGAACGGGCAGCUUGGGCACGGCGACCUUCUCCAGCGCAAUACGCCAACAGUUGUCGAGGCUCUGAAGAAGCACAAGAUCGUAAAGGCUGCUGCCGGGAAGCAGCACACAGUCGUCGUGACUGAGGACGGCACCAGUUUCGCGUUUGGCAGCAACAAGAACGGCCAACUAGGCACCGGGAAUUUGAAGAGCGAGCAGGAGACGUCCCCAGUAAAGUGCCUAGUGCAGGACGCGACUGACGUGGCGUGCGGAGCAGAGUUCACGGUGUGGCUUACAAAGAAAGGAGUGUGGUCGUGCGGUCUGCCGCAGUACGGCCAGCUAGGCGACGGGUCAGAUCAUGAGUACAACGCCAAGGCGAGCUCCGUCCAGUUGGUUUACGAACCGCAGCCGACGCCAAAAGCGAUCGCCGGCCUCAACGGGAAGAAGGUCGUGCGGGUCGCCUGUGGAAACAACCACACAGUGGUGUCGGACGAGGAGGGGUCGGUUUACACGUGGGGUUUUGGCGCAUACGGUCGGUUGGGGCACAAGACGCCCAAGGACGAGUGGAAGCCACGCAAGGUCGACUUCUUCUCCAACAGGAUGGCGCUUCCGGCCGGCUCGCUCAUCACGGCCGGGGGGGCCUUCUCAGGCUGCACUGCAGUCGGCGGUCAGCUGUACAUGUGGGGCCAGAUCAAGCCGACGGGAGAGGCCUGGAUGUCCCCUGCGCCCGUGCAUGACCUCAGCGGCUGGAAUAUCCGCAGCAUGGACUGUGGGUCCACGAGCAAAAUCGUAAGCGCCGAUGACUCGUGCAUAAGCUUUGGCAACGCGACGCACGGAGAGCUGGGCUACGGCCCUAAGGGUCCAAAGUCCUCCGCAAACGCAAAGAAGAUUGACGCCCUAAACGGCUUCCACGUAAUAAAGGUAGCUGCUGGUCUGGCGCACACGCUGUUCAUCGUCGACCGAACAGUCGAGAGCGAGGAGCUUGAAAAGUUGCCCGUUUUCCAGCCCACGAGAGAUGUUGAAGAAGGCGCCGCUGCCGAAGAGGGCGCCAAAGGCAAACGAAAAGCGCCCGUAGGCAAGGGCAAAGCGAAAGCCGAGCCCCCCGCAAAGAAAGGGAAGGCGGCAGCGGCCCCCGCCCCAGCGAAAAAGGGCCGGGGCAAAAAGUAGGGGGGGAGAUGUUAACCCAGAUAUUAACCUAGAUGUUGAAACAUGUACUUCACUUUUGCGGAGCGUUUUGGAAGAGGCGCAGAGGCUGAGAUGGUCGAGGGGGGCUUUGACUCAGGCAGCGGUAGAACAGUGGACGAAGAGUUCAGGAUUCGAAGUGGUAAUGAUGCAGCCGUUUGACGCAGAUUAUUGAAAGAGCAGAGUGUUGAACGGCCAACCUGCUUCCCUAAUACUUGAUGACGAGUCAGCUCGUGCUCAUUCUUCGGAUCAAUUCUGUAUAAUCUUAUGAGUCAAACCACAACUAGUCAGCCUGAACAGCCGUUUGAGAUUAAGACUGUGCUUUUGCAACCUCUUUCGGGGCGCUGAAGUUAAAAGGCCCGCUGA